AUGGCAUCGGGAGUUUUCUGCCUCAAUUCCCAAUCAAUUUAUGUUAGAUGGGGACUCGACUAUUUAUGCGCUCUCGACUGCACCUGGUCGCGCUGCCAUCGCCGUGGUGCGGGCUUCUGGUCCCGCCUGUGUUCCGGUACGCGUGAAAGAUGCUCCCCCAGGCUGCUUCGCAAACGUAAUAACAUCCAUCCCCUCCAGAUCUAUCGGGCUCUAUGCCCCAAGGCGCCACUUCCACGACCACGGGUUGCGGCAGUGCGCACCCUGUAUGACCCCACGGGAGAUGUCACUUCCAACCACAGCAUCCUUGACUCUGGGGCCUUAGUUCUGUACUUCCCCGGACCCAAGACGGUCACUGGGGAGGAUGUUCUUGAACUCCAUCUUCACGGCGGACCUGCCAUUGUAAAGGCGGUCCUGACUGCGAUCGCCAAUACAAGCCGACCUGACUCUCUCAUCCGGUACGCGGAAUCGGGCGAGUUCACUCGUCGGGCCUUCUUGAAUAACCGGCUGGAUCUUCCGCAGGUCGAGGCGUUAGGCGAGACGCUGACGGCCGAUACCGAGCAGCAACGUCGUCUUGCCGUGCGAGGGACCAGUGAUGCUCUGUCCAAACGGUACGAGCAAUGGCGGCGACAGCUUCUCUACGGACGUGGCGAGCUCGAGGCGCUAAUUGAUUUUUCCGAGGAUCAGCACUUUGACGAGUCAUCCGACGAACUCAUUCUUUCCGUCGCGUCGCAGGUGCGCGCGUUACGGGCUCAGAUCGGGCUGCAUAUUCAGAAUGCGUCCAAGGGCGAAUUGCUGCGCCACGGAAUCAAGGUGGCCCUGCUGGGUGCACCCAAUGCCGGCAAAAGCUCCCUCCUCAACCGGAUCGUGGGCAAGGAAGCCGCUAUUGUCAGCACAGAAGAAGGCACUACCCGUGAUAUCGUGGACGUCGGCGUUGAUCUUGGGGGCUGGUAUUGUAAGCUAGGCGAUAUGGCGGGCAUCCGAUCGGAAAGCAAGCAAACCGGUCAGGAGUCCGUGGUGAUCGGAGCCAUUGAGAAGGAAGGGAUCCGCCGCGCCAAGGGCCGCGCAUUAGAGUCCGAUGUGGUUAUAGUGGUGGUCUCCUUGGAGGGGGCUGAUGACGGCGCGACACCAUAUCGUCUGUCUGCGGACCAAGAAGUCAUCGACGCAGCGAAUGAUUGUGUGCAGGCGGGGAAAUGUCUCGUCGUCGCCGUCAACAAAUGCGAUCGAUUACCCACGGUCGAAGACCGCAGUAAUCGACUGCCGCCUCCCCUGUCCGCCACGCUCGGUACCCUUUUUCCGGCGGUGCCGAGCUCGCGCAUCUUUGGCAUCUCUUGUCAAGAAGCGCAGGAGGAAUUGUUGAUAGACCAGACGGAUCCGGGUCAUUUGCAGGCCUUCCUUCGGGGGCUGAUUUCAACAUUCGAGGAGAUUGCCUCUCCAUUGAGCAUUGGAGGAGAGGAUGGUGGGCAGUAUGACAUGUCGUAUUGGGAGGACUCUCUGGGAGUAACUCAUCGACAAAGCUCUAACUUGCAACGAUGCAUGCAACAUUUAGACGACUUUUUAGCCGAGGCCUCUGAGGCCCAAUCACCACCGUCGACAUCUGGUAGCCCUACGGAGACAGAGGUGGACAUUGUCACGGCAGCCGAGCAUUUGCGGUCUGCGGCCGACGCGCUGGCGAAGAUCACCGGCAAAGGGGAGAGUGGAGAUGUGGAAGACGUUUUGGGCGUCGUUUUCGAAAAGUAA